AUGUUACAUACGCAAAUUAGACCAACAGGCAUGAGAGCCUCCAGGUUGAAGGGCCAGAGAGCCCCAAACAAGAAAUCCCAACCCCUCGACCCAAUCGAUCUGAGCAGGCGCCUCAACAUCGUCAUAGCAGAGCGGCAACUCGAAGACUUGCAGCUGGGAAAGAGGCCACAAGACUCGGAUUCCGACUUGUCCAAGGCUCGGCGCACACAUGACGUGCGCAGCCAAAAUACCGCGCUACCUCAGGGCGGCAAGAGAUCCUCUCAGCUCGCAGGCCCAAAGACAUCAACAAGAUGGGUCUUCCGGACGAAGCCGGCUGCUGAUUCCUCGCCCCACGACUCGACGGACUCCAGCGGCACGUAUAUCCACGUCCCCAGGCAACCCAAUGCGCCAUCCCAGCGCACUGCAACCAUUCGAGCGACGCGGAGCCAGCAAUGCGUCAGGCAGAAUCAUGGCAGGCCGGAGCAAGCUGGUAAAUACACCAUGGUGUUGGAGGAAUGUAUCAGCGAGCCCGAGAGGGUGCGAUCGGGUGACGCUAAGGAGCGUUGUCCUCCAGACUGGACGCAGGUAGAUUCGACGGAGCCAAAACCACGGAGGCUGCAGUUGUUGAAACGGAUGAGCCCGCUUUCUGUGCUCAGACUGAGACUCGGUGGCGAUUCUCCUCCCGAGGCUGACGAGGUGACGAAGAAUGGCCGAGCUCGCUGCGACGUCGCGCUGAACGGGAGCUCAGUAGGGUUGAAUCAUCGGAAAUCCGGCGUCUUCUCGAAACUACUGCAUUAG